UUUCCAGUCAAGGAGGAUGUACGCCCUGAAGCCAAUCGUAGCCCUGCCCGAGCAAAUACCUCUGCCGAAGGUGAUGUACGAGCUGCCAAAGAUCCACGGCGGAGAGGCGCGUGUCGACGAAGACCAAUACAGCAUGGACAUCGAGGACGACUUUGGACGCCAGAAACUUAUACCAGAGUACGAUUUUCUGGAAGCCAGACAAGCAAAAAUUCUAAAGGAGGUUUUUGAAUUGAAGUCCUACCUGGAUCAGCUCACCAUUGCUGUUCGUUUGAAUGAUUUUACGAGGCUGGAGCUAGAACCCUUAAAGAUAGAGAUUAAAACUGCAUUUAAAAACAAGAAAGUCGAAUGUCACCAGUCUCCAGUCAAUGCAGAAAUCAUCGUUAAUGCAAAUCCAGCCAGUCCCCCCUACGUUGUAUUAGCCCUUCAGAGGAUCUGGACGGAUACCAAGUUCAAUGUGAAAGUUCAUACGAAUUCGUGUUACGGUGCAGUGGCGAGGAAUUCAGCUUUCGAAGAUAAAUUGCUGACCACUGCCGGGGUCUAUCCUUACCACAACAUUGAUGUAACACUCAUAUGGAAAAAUGUUAAAGAUACUCAACUCAUCACCAGAGUAUACGAUUUUCCGUUCGAGGGUGAAGCAAAUAUCUUACGUUACCUCGCAAGAUUAGUAGAAGAGUACAAUUACGAGGAAUUGCAGCCAGAAGUGUCAAUAUCCAUUGACAAUGUGUUAGAUUUGUGCCUUCAAUUGCCAUAUGAUGAUGCUAGACAGAAGAAUGCCACAAUAGUCAAGUUUGCCACCUAUCUGGGAGAAAAUCCGUGGCUUCUGAACUCAUUAUAUCCUUCGAUUGUUGAUAUAGCAGUAUGGUCAGUACUUAAGCGUGAGUCCAACUACAAAAUACCGAGUAAACUGGAAACGUGGUUUGACUUGUGCGAGGAAACAUUUUUGUCUGGUUGACAUGAUCAACAAUUGUAUUUUGUACAGGUAUUUAAAUAAAAUGUUAAUCAUUCUAUUUAAA